UCGAUUCCGAUAACUCUUCCGGGGAAUUUUCCGAGGCAAAUCAGAAAGUCACUGGGAUGAUUGACUUGGACACCAGCAAAAGUGACAGGAUCGGGAAGAUUGGGGAGCGGUCCCCUCAAGAGAAUGGAAUGCAAAAACACAGGACGUCGCUGCCCGCACCCAUGUUCACCAGGAGCGACUUCAGCCUGUGGGCCAUUCUGAAGAAGUGUGUCGGCCUGGAGCUGUCCAAGAUCACGAUGCCGAUUGCCUUCAACGAGCCGCUGAGCUUCCUGCAGCGGAUCACGGAGUACAUGGAGCACGUGUACCUCCUCCACAAAGCCUGCCGCCAGCCCCAGCCCCUCGAGAGGAUGCAGUCCGUAGCUGCCUUUGCUGUUUCCGCCGUGGCCUCCCAGUGGGAGCGGACGGGCAAACCGUUUAAUCCACUCCUGGGAGAGACGUACGAACUGAUCAGGGAGGAUUUAGGAUUCAGAUUCAUAUCCGAGCAGGUCAGCCACCAUCCCCCCAUCAGCGCAUUUUACUCCGAAGGCCUCAGUCAGGACUUCCUGUUCCACGGCUCCAUCUACCCGAAGCUGAAGUUCUGGGGCAAGAGCGUCGAGGCGGAGCCACGGGGGACCAUCACGCUGGAGCUUCUCAAACACAAUGAAGCCUAUACCUGGACCAACCCCACCUGCUGUGUGCACAACGUCAUCAUCGGGAAGCUGUGGAUCGAGCAGUACGGCACGGUGGAGAUCGUGAACCACAGAACUGGACACAAGUGUGUACUGAACUUUAAACCAUGUGGAUUGUUUGGAAAAGAACUGCACAAAGUGGAAGGGCACAUUCAAGACAAAAACAAACAGAAGCUGUUCGUGAUCUACGGCAAGUGGACGGAGUGCCUGUGGGGCGCGGACCCCGCCUCGUACGAGUCCUUUAAGAAGCGGGAGCGGAGCGGCGGUCACCCGCGGAGGGCUAAGCUGGAUGACGGCGCCGAGAAAGCCGACAGCGACGUGGCCGACGACGUACCUGAGGUGCAGGAGACCGUGCAGGUCGUCCCGGGCAGCAAGCUGCUCUGGAGGAUCAACACCCGGCCCCCCAACUCUGCCCAGAUGUACAAUUUCACCAGUUUCACCGUGAGCCUCAACGAGCUGGCGACAGGCAUGGAGAAGACCCUGCCCCGCACGGACUGCCGCCUGCGCCCCGACAUCCGCGGCAUGGAGAACGGGAACAUGGACCUGGCCAGCCAGGAGAAGGAGCGGCUGGAGGAGAAGCAGAGAGAAGCCCGGCGGGAGCGUGCCAGGGAGGAGGCAGAGUGGCAGACCAGUGGCGUUCCUGACCCAAAGCGCUCUUCUCAAAUACGCCAAAUUUAAGGAGAAGACGUCAUCCGAACCCCGCCGCUCCCUCGAGGACAGUGCGCCUGAUGAGAGGGAGUGCAGCCCCACGGCCACGGUCCCCGCUGGGGGGUGAGGAGCGCCCGGGCUCAGGGACCCGCGCCCCGUGAUGCCACGUGGCGGGGAGCACCAGGCCGAGGCCACGUCCCCCCUCAGCCACGCUCAGGCUGGCCGUCACACCCGUGACCAGAGAGGUUGUGCUGUGAGAACGAAGCGCCGUGGCACUGAGACGUGGGCGGGGCUGGGGCUGUGGAGCGGGCGUGCGCACACACGGCAGACACCCUUCCCGCCGGCCAGCACGCCCAGCAGAGCUGUCACACGGCAGCGGCCGCUAGGA